UGUGAAUAUGAGGAGCGUCUAAAAGAGGCUGAGCUGGUGAAGACUCACAUGGCUCAGGCCAGAGCCCGAGCUGCAGCCAAAGAAAGCCUGGAAUGUGAGAGGUUGAAGGCAGACUUUAAAGAUGCUUGUGAUCAUCAACCUAUAGCUAAAUCCACCUACUGCUGGUGUGUUGAUGAUGAUCUUUUCAAAAGAAACAACCUGAUCUCGCCUGGAGACUACUUAGAUACCCAGAAACCACAAGCUAGAGAACCAGCUGCAGGGAUGCACUUAUACCGGGAGUCUCAGCAUGAUAGAAAUACACUAAAGAAUUCUCCAAAGAAAAUUGUGGAAAUAGAUGAGUUGGAUGAAAGGCUUGCAUUUGAAUCAAGUUCAGAUGCACAACAAAUAAAGAGAACCAAUAAAGAGACCAAACCCAGGCCAAAGUGGAUGGGACAGUCUAGUGCCAAGGACCAGGCAGAGGACUGGGAGAAACUUCAGAGUUUUAAACAAAAAAGUUUUUUGAGAAAUCCCUCCAAUGCACAGCAGAGAGGAACAUUGCAUAUCUCACCCAAAGCCAAAGCAAAGAAGGAACAUGAUGGGAGAAGCUCAGAGAUUCAAAGCUCCGGCGAUGCGCCUGCCCCAGUUUUCCAGGCAAAGCCAUCAGUGAUUUCUUUUACUGAAUACAGCCUUGGACAGGUCUAUGAGUCUACUCUGAAGCUGCAAAACGUGACUUCCACAAGCCGCCAUGUCAGAGUCAUCCCUCCUACCACUUCAUACUUCUCUAUCAACGGGGGAAGAUUCCCCAGUGAUGGAGGCAUCAUUGCUCCAGGGUUGAGCUGUAAAUAUACACUGCGCUUUACUCCAGACUCCUUGGGGGACUAUGAGGAUUUUAUAAUGGUGGAAACUGAUUCUGAGCAGCCUUUAAAAGUGCCAAUCAAGGCACAUAGGCCUCCUCCUGUACUCACCUUGCCCAGAGUUGUGGACUGCGGACACUGUCUGGUUGGAGGGGUAAAAAUUGUUGAGCUCCGCUGCCAAAAUGUUGGACUCAGUCCUGGGGAUUUUUGCAUCAUUGCCAAGGACCAAUGGCCAGCCUCAAACCUCAGGUCCCUGGCAACAACAUAUUAUUCUGAGCAGCCCCCCUUUGCAGUGGGCCCCUCUUUGUUUACCCUGCAGCCGGGAGAAACCACACGGUUGGAGGUUGUUUUCUUUCCAACCACUCAGGGGAGGUGUGGUCAGCUGUUCACCAUGGUCUGUAACAACUGCCAGGUGAAAAACAUAUCUGUUGAGG